GGCAGCCCCGAGGGCCUGACGGGCACGGCCGGGGCUGGGCUGGAGGCGGCCCCGGGGGCGGCCUCGGGGCGGUGCCGCCGCCACAAAACGGCCGCGGGCCCCGUGCCCGCCCCGCCCGAGCACCGGCACCGGCACCCAGAGACGAGCGAUGGCUGACGACUUCAGCGACCUGUUGCGGGAGUUCGAUGAGGCGAUGGAGGACUUUGCGAGGGGCCCCGCACGUCAGUCCGAGCAGCACCUGGAGGAGCUGAAGAGGAAAGCGGGCCACAGCGUCUACGACAGCGGCAUCGACGAGCUGGAGAGUAACAGCACAUCCCCAGCAAGCAGUCUGAACUCCAGCGAGGAGGAUCUCAACACACAUGCCAGCGCUUACCCCUCUAAAGCUAAACUUGGAGACACACAGGAGCUGGAGGAGUUCAUUGCAGAUCUGGACAAAGUAUUAGAGGAGAUGUGAGAUGUGGCUUUGGAGCGUUGGGAGGAGCAUCCACAGCAGAUGCACGCAGCGCCUCCCUGAUGUACCCUCUGCUUCUGUGCCCCGCUGCUCCUCUCCUGAGUGGAUGACAGCUCUUCUACGCCAUGGGAUGUGCUACUCCGUGUCAGGGAAAGGCAAGGAAAACCACAAGCAUGGACUGAUCCUGCCUGAGCAGGCCAGCCUCCUCCAGCCUGCCUUCACAGCUGCCUUCUGGACCAGCAGCAGGAGAGCUGGGAUGUGUUUCUGGGACUGUGGGGUUGGGGUGCUGGGGCAGCUGUGCUUGUGCCAGUCUCCUGGCACUGAUGGGCUCAGGCCUGUGGCAGCUCUGUGUUCGUGGCUUGUUCAGGCCCUGGGGCAGGGCAGGCUGCUGGGAGGGCAGUGGGAGCCUGAGGGUGCUCCUCCCUGGUGGUGUGGGCACAGCCAUAGAGCAGCUCUCUCCUCAGCCUUGCUUUUGGCCCACUGGGAGAUCUCCUGUGGUCUGCUGGCUGGAGAGGCACGGGCAGCUCUGCUGUAAUGUCAUCACAGGCACCAGGCUCUGCUCUGUGAGGGAGGGCUGGGCAUCUGCAGACCAAGUGGGUUUGGGGAAUUCGUGCCACUGAAGCCAGAGGAUGAUGGUGGCAUGGGGGGAGAUGAGCUUGCAGUGCUUCAGUGAUACCAUGGUGUCCUCUCCUGGUUCAGGAAGCCUGUUUCUGCUGUGGUAUGCCAUGCAGCAGCCACUGCUUGCCCUUUGCUUUACAUGGGUAUCUGCAAAUAAGGCCCCUGCCUGGACCCCAGGUGCUUGGACCCCAGGUACCUUUGCCCUGGCUUCUGCUAUAAACACUGUAAAAAUGAUGUUAUACACUGUACAGUUGCUGUAUUUUUAUGAACGGGAUUUUAAAUCUUG